AUGGAGGGGUUUGUGGUCUCAUACUCCUUGGAUAAUGAGCAGCAAUUCUGGGAUGAGUUAGAUGACAUAUGCUCCGUACGAUGCAACUCGUCGCAAUUGAUCGACCAAGCACUGCGGACAUAUCUGCACUUCACAACGAACUUCAAGGACGAGUACCUUGCUUCGGACCAUGCCGUUGCAAGUUCCAUAGCGAAACUCCUGGAGAGUGAGCUUUUCAAGGCCAACGAAGACUAUGUCCGCAUACAACUCGUGUAUAGUCUCCUCCAAGAAGACGAACUGGCCACUUUGUACAUUAUAGCCAGUUUUCUCCUAUACGAUGGACGGCGAAACGAGGACACGUUCAAGAUUAUGAAUAAGGAAGGCUCGUUUGCGAGACUUGUCGAGUUAAUGAAGUGCGCGAAGGAUGAAGACUCGAGAUUGCACAAGCUGCUGCUAGAAUUGCUCUAUGAUAUGUCUAGAAUGCAGAAACUGAGCUUGGAAGACCUCAGCCACGUGGAUGACGACUUUGUUAAAUGCCAAUUCCAGAUUAUUGAAGAGCUCUCCGACGACGUUAAUGACCCUUACCACUACCCAAUCAUUCGAGUCUUGCUUGUGCUCAACGAACAGUAUAUGGUCGCUGCAACCACUGCACCAGAUGCUACCUCUGUCCCUACAACAAACCGAGUUGUUAAGAUCCUCAGUGUGUGCGGGCAAAACUAUAUGACCUUCGGCGAAAACAUUAUUCUUCUCCUAAAUAGGGAAACAGAGACCUCGCUGCAGCUCCUUAUCUUGAAACUUCUAUACCUACUCUUCACUACUGAAGCGACCCGAGAGUACUUCUAUACCAACGAUCUGCGAGUACUUCUCGAUGUCAUAAUUCGAAACCUUCUAGAUCUGCCAAACGAACUCAUUUCUCUCCGGCACACCUAUCUCCGAGUGCUCUAUCCUCUGCUAGCCCAUACCCAGCUGGCACAACCGCCACAUUACAAGCAGAAUGAAAUCUUAAAGGUUCUUGCUCUACUCAGUGGGUCGGGGAAUGCUCAUUUUGCGCCAGCUGACGAGACGACAACUCGGCUUGUUAGUAGAGUGGGGCAGGUCCCCUGGUUGAACGAAGGGAAGGAUACAAAUGAUGCAGACCUUUCGAGAAAGCUGCUCGGGAUUAGUUUGCCCAGCAGUCAAACGGAAAGCUCUGUGAGCGUUGUUGAUCUGGCUGGUCUCACAGAGAAGCCCGGGAUUCAGACGCCGAGCCGAAAGACGGAGGCGGCUCUAGAAGCCGCUGCAGAUGGCGUGGAUAAAAGAAAUCGCUCGGAUGGCGUCAAGUUUGCGAUGCCACCAGCUACUUCUCAUCGAGAUAAACAGAUACCGCCGAAGGCGCCGCCACGGAGGAGAACCAAGCUGAAAGAGCCCAUCAAUCUGGAGAACACUGGCGAUCAGUAA